GCGGCUUGCUCGAUCAGCGGCCCCUGCAUAUGAGGGCGGCAAGGUACAGGCCGAUUUGGCCGCGCUGUUCGAGUACAAUGGUUGGAAAGGACCCAAGUUUACGGCUGUUCACUCCGGGACUACCAUGCAGGAUACGGGCCAUAUUGCCGCUUUACUGAAGAAGGAGUGCGCAGAGCUAACAAGAAUUGCUGGUGUGGCGGAGGGUAGGGAGUCACAAUCUGUUGGCGUUACUAUCGCAACGCUCGGUCGACCCCCCAAGACUAGCGCAGAGGUCCAGUCGCCCAUCCCCUACGUGACCUACUUCGCCAGUAUACCCGUGUCCAUCAGUGUCACCACCUGUGUCCUCUCUGCCGUGUACUCCGACUGGUAUGCCUUCGCCAUCAUUCUCUUUGGCAUCAUUGCCAACGGCUUGGCUUCCAUGGUGAUUGGCUCCGGUAAAUUCUUUUUCACCCAUCCAGAACCCGCACCUGGUUCGCCUCCUGGAGAUGGCAUCCUUAAUUUCGACGACGGCAUCGUGUUGUUGAAAGGCGAAGAAGGGGCCGUCAACGCGGUUACUCGGGGAAGAUUCUUCCUACUCUUCCAGUCCAAGGAUGCCUCCCUAAAACUAAGAAUCUGUUCUAUUCUCCUCAUCGCGCAAUCCCUCGCGAUGUUGAUACUUAUAUCUCAAAGCUCAUUCUUCGGCCAGUUGAUGUUCGUCAUCUCUUUGGCCUUUUCGUGGGCUUACAAUCUUUGGGUCUGGACCUUUGACAAGGAGAAAAUCCAGCGCGAAAUCUUGAAAAAUCUCCUUGGGGACCCAGUCUUCACCAAGUUCAUUCUGAAGACCCGCACUAGCAUGCUGGUGUUCGUUGUCCUCGCCUUAAAACUGAGGAACGCUACGGAGAUCAUGAAGGUCUUCCUGGUUCCCAGCACUGCGGUGUGGGAAAAGUGGAAGCAGAUUGUGAUCGAGCGCCUCAGUGAUGGGCAAAGGCUCGAUUUCGAGGAACCGGAUUGGAACUGUGAUGGUUUCUCAGAGGAUCAGAAGUCCUUGUUGAAGACACUUCUCGAGGAUGCCAUGGUGGCAUAUAAGCUUUUCAAAGAACACGAGAGUGAGAUCAAUACUUGAGCAUCGCAACAGGACAUGAGUUAAUCUAAAAUGUAUGAUGUUCAUCAUUCUCGCAUGACUCUUAACAUGAGCAUAUGGAUAUAUACCCCUGUGGGCUGUAGAGUAGUGGUAAUCAUGUCUUCUUGUUGAUGUUUUGCUAUCCUGUCUUAUCGCUAUCUCAUCGCUUGUCUUGUUGGAAUCACUACAGUCUACACUCGUAUCUGGCGCAAGCCAUCAUUGAUAAUGACAUCUAGGCCAACUGCCAUUCCCUCAGAACUCUUAAGGAUCGACUAUUAUCCUAGCAACUUACAGUACUUUGUAUGUCUA